ACGACAUCAGUCAGUUGUGCUGGAGACAUCGUGAGGGGAGGAGGUGCAACUUCUAAGCGCUUUGUUUUUACUAAAUUUCCUUUUUUAACUCAUGGUGACGCAUAGUACAUCACCACAAAGAGCGAGUGUGUACUAGGACGCACUAACUGAAAGCUAUGUCACCCCCUGCCUGAGAAUAUUGGGGGUCGGCAGGAAGGGUCGCGAUAUUUGGGUAUUGAUCGAGGCCGCGGUGAGGGAGGCGGCCAUGGUGAAGUUUUAAGUGAUCCUCGGAGCCGUGCACCCUUGCAGGCGUCAUGGAGGUGGUCGGGGAGUACGAAUACAGCACCAAGGAUCUCAUAGGGCACGGCGCCUUCGCUGUCGUGUUCAAGGGACGCCACAGACAGAAACCUGGCCUGACUGUGGCGAUCAAGAGCAUAACCAAGAAGAACAUUGCCAAGUCACAGAACCUGCUGAGUAAGGAGAUCAAGAUCCUCAAGGAGCUGACGGAGCUGCAUCACGAAAAUGUAGUGGCGUUGCUGGAUUGCAAGGAGACGGCCAAUCACGUGUACCUGGUGAUGGAGUACUGCAAUGGCGGGGAUCUUGCCGACUACCUCCAGGCUAAGGGAACCCUCAGUGAGGACACCAUCAGGUUCUUCCUUCGACAAAUGGCUGAGUCCAUGAGAGCACUUUAUGGGAAGGGCAUAGUGCACCGAGACCUCAAGCCUCAAAACAUCCUCCUUGCCCACGCCGGGAAGCCCAAUCCUCCUCCACACCUCAUCACUCUCAAGAUCGCGGACUUUGGGUUCGCUAGAUUCCUUCAAGAUGGAGUGAUGGCAGCUACGUUAUGCGGCUCUCCGAUGUAUAUGGCGCCUGAAGUGAUCAUGUCUAUUCAGUACGACGCCAAGGCUGACUUGUGGUCGUUAGGCACCAUAGUAUUUCAGUGUCUCGUUGGCAAGGCGCCCUUCCACGCCCAAACGCCACAGGCACUCAAGCAGUUUUACGAGAAGAAUGCCAACCUCGCUCCCAGGAUACCCUCUGGAACAUCCUCUGAGCUAGUGGAUCUUCUCAAUGGACUGCUGAAGAGAAAUGCCAAGGAUAGAAUGGACUUUGAGACUUUUUUCAACCAUCCAUUCAUCCGCAUGGGUGAUCCUGCACGCCAGAAACCUGUUGCCCCCACUCCACCAGUAGUUCAAGCCUCCUCCCCACCUGCCACUGCUCCCAAAACUGUGGGACGGGGUGGAGCCUUUGCCCACCCAGCUGAGCCUUCCCCUAGUCCUCCCACUGCUAACCUUCCUCCUUCACCUGAGGACCUGAGAAUGAGUGUGGAGCAGCGCAGUGGUGGUGGUCCAGACCUUCCUGCAGCCACUGUCCCCCGGCCCACCCCUGUGCCCAGGGCUUCCAGUGCCCAGCAACAAGAGGAGGCUGAAGAUUUUGUUAUGGUGCCAGCACAGCUUCCUAAUGAACCAGAAGCCUCCAGGAUUCCUCAAGGAUGGAGUGGUCGUGUCAUGACAAAGCCAAGCGGAGGAAUGAUGUACCAGAAGAAUCCUCCUCAGUAUAGCCCCCUCACACCUCAGUUGGCCUCCUCCCCUCGCCCAUCACACUUACCUGUUCAAGGUGGCAGCAGUGGCAGUACACACUCCAGUAGUAGCAGUGAGUCAUGUCGGUCUGCAGAGCCAGUACCAGUGCCUUCCCAGCGCGCCACCUUCCACCAGAUGACUUCUUCGGGAUCUUCUGACCAAAUCCAUCAGCCAGAGUCCCCGAGACAUCCACAGGGAGCCUCACCCAGUCGACCUUCCCCUCCACCACGCUCCCAACCCAUCAACAUGAGACGGGUGUCUGACAACAAAGCUCCAGAUCUCUCAUCCAUAUCCCCUCCUGCAGUCCAGUUCACCAUUGGAGAGCCACCAGUGGGAGGCCGACGACGGUCCACUUCUGGGAGCUCCUACUCCACCACUCCUCCCACUACAGUAACUGGCAACACCCCAUGCGGCCGUCUCACCCCCACCAACUCCCCCCUCCGUCAGUCUGGUCGCCGCACUCCCCCAUUCAUGCCUCCCCAGCUAUUCUCUGCCCCUCCCAUGCUCCCCCCUAUCCUGGGCUCUCCUACUAAGCUAGGGUUGGGAGGUCAGGACAACCCUGCUGGAGACAUCUGUGGUAAUACCACCAACCUGCCUCUGGCCCACCGUGCCAUCACCCUCCCUGAGAUGACCUCCGUCUCCCGUGACCUCACUAUGGGAGGUGCACAGGACAUGAGUGUGGAAAGCAGCACCUUGCACCGAUCCCGAACAGAGUCACAUCUGCUGGAAUGGCAGCAUGCACAACAUGCAACCAGUCCCCCUCAUGGUGGCAGACAACUGAUGCAGUUUGGCCAGUCUGCACCACAUUCCUUCCUCUUUCAGGGUGGCUGCCACACAGAAGGCCAUGACACAGUUGCCUUCUAUGCACCCCCCCUCCAUCAGGAAACUUUAAUGGAGAGAGAACACAACGAAACCUUGGCCAAGCUGAACUUUGUGCUAGCACUGGUGGACUGCAUCUUGGAACUGGCCCGUUCUCGCUCAGCUCCAAUCACAGCCCUAACUCAUAACACUACCAUGAGGGAAUCAGUGUCUGCAGGUUCUCCCAAGGAGUCUGAGAGUUCUCCAAUGGCAACUCCUCCACCUGAAUGGCAGAGAAGAGCAGAGCAAUUAGUGUUGUAUAUGAGGGCUCUUCAACUGCUCAAUUCAGCCCUCACCCUUGCCAAGCAUGAGAAAUCAACGAGUAGACUUCAACCUUCCAAUGCAGUAAAGAAUGUGGUUGGUGUGCUGAAUGAGCGGUUCCGGCAGGCAUUGAGUGUAUGUAAGGAGCUUAGUAGUUCUGGAACAGUUGCAGCAGUUGAAUCAAGAACUUCCACUAUCACAGCUGACAAAUUGAUAUAUAACUACGCAAUUGAAAUGUGCCAGAGUGCAGCUCUUGAUGAGCUGUUUGGUAAGCCUGAGGAGUGCUUUAGAAGAUACCAAACAGCCCAAAUCCUCCUUCAUGCCCUGGCCCAGCAGGUGGCCCACGACUCUGAUAGAUCCUUGUUGACACGUUACAAGCAGGCCGUAGAGAGGCGACUUUUCCUCCUCCAUGAGCAGGGAAUUGUUCAUGCAUACAACACCAACGAGGCGUAAGACAUGGUGCUACAACACACUGAUGACCACACAUUCAUCUCAGUGAUCCAGACUGUGAUGAGAGCCGAGAUAAACUGAAGACUCUGUGAGGACACUGUAAGCCUGUGUUCAUCAGUGUGUCAGCAACUCCUUAACAUUAUUUAUGUUGGUGUGAUAAUAUCUCAUAAGGUUAAAGCCCUGAGUGGUGACUACAGGGUAUUCAGUUGAAAAAAUGAAAUGAGCAAAAUUCAUCAAGCUUGAGUUUUAUUUAAACAUGCUUCGGACAUAGAAGUGUUUUCAUGAUAGUCUUCUUAGGUUUGACAAAAACAAAUUAAAAUAUUGAUGUAAUAUGUUGUGUGAAAUCCAGGAUAAGGAAAGGGUGAGUGAAAGUUGAACAUAUUAGCAUUAAGGGAGAGAAAAGGCAUGGAGUUCAUUAUAAUUUAAAAAAAAAGGAGGGACUUGCUAAACUACAAAAUCGAAGCUAUUGAAGUAGCUCUCUAUGAUUUGCAAUUGUGAAAUUAAAUGGACAAUAAAGGGAUAGGAGAUAUAAUACUUGUGAGGCCAGUCAGUGUAUUUGUAUAUUUAAAGACAAUGCUUCCCAGUGUAACUUGAUCUUAAGGCAGUCUUAUAUAAUGGUCAUUUACUUGAUGCCCCUUUGACUUGCUGGUAAGAAAGUUAUUUGUGAACAUUAUCAUACACAUAUAUCACACAUGGUACUGAGCUGUGUAAAUUAGCAAUGUUGUAUGUGCUUUAUAUUAUAUACAUCCUUGUACUUGAGUACCAUUCAAGCAAAGUUCUGGUCAUAAUAUCCAUUACCUGUAUGUAUGAGUGUGUGUACAUGCACAUGUGGUCAAAACAGGUAAUCUCUCUGAACAAGUACUCCAGACAUGCAUGAUGGAUACAAGUCAAGCUACAUACAGGACAAAAUCAUUCCCAAAGUCUGAGUGUUUGAGAGAGAGAGAGAGAGAGAGAGAGAGAGAGAGAGAGAGAGAGAGAGAGAGAGAGAGAGAGAGAGAGAGAGAGAGAGAGAGCUAUAAUUUAUGUUCUAGCUGGUGCAUAUUUCAGGUGUGUGACUGAAUGAAUGCUUCAUAUAAGAGGAUGAUUAUUUGCCUUAUUUUAUCUGAUAAAUGUAAAUUUUGACAAUGCUAGCCACCAAAUGGGGGCAAUGCCAAUGCCUUAGUUUUCCUCAAGAGAUCUAAUAGGAGAUAUGCGUAUUGUAUAGUAAUGAAGCAGUGGUGUUGUAUUUCCAUUAUGGAUGCAAACUAGAUAACAAAUUAUAGUUACUGUAGGAGAGCUCCCUAGGUGUCCCUGUGCAGAAGUCUCAGCCCAGCUGUUAUGGUGUUUUAUUUGUUGCAAAACUAGAAAAAGCUGCUGUUUCUUUUUCAUUUAUUUUUCUAACUGCACCAGGGAAAUAUUCCUAACAGGAAAUAAUAAAAAAAAAGACUAAAGCAGGGAUGGGAGUGAACAGGGCUGUCUCUGGGUUGUUUCUCUCACUCACGAUGCUGUGCUCACUUUCCUCAAUCCCUUUUUUAUAUGUUGCUACUUUUGAUAUUCUGUUUAAUGAAAUGGAUAUUUUUACAAUAGUUUAUGCUAACUCUCUUUGGUGAUAUCUGAGUAUUUACAGUGUAUAGGUCAGGAUUCAUGCAGUUGUAGUGGCGGUGCUGCCAGUGUAGCUUUAGUUCAUAAGGGAUUUAGGAUGGUCAUAGAGUAAAUCAUUUCACCACUGGCUUCCUGCAGGCAUCACCCUGAGAGUCUGUAUGACACUGAAGUGAAGGGCUUUAGGUUGAGUAUCUGUGUAUUCACUACCUUAUGUUACACCUGAUUUCUGUAUGGGUUCUUUUAUGAAACAUUGCAUAAGUUUUAGCUGAUGUAUACAGUGAUCUACAAGCAUGGAUUAUUUCCCUCUUCUUUCAGAUCUACAUACAAUUACUCAGGAAAAAUGUAGCUUAAGAUUCAAUUGCCACAAAGUUUUAGUUAAGCAAUUGUGUAUAUAUGAGUGUGUCUGUGUGUGUUAGUGAUUUUACUCUAUACAUACUUGAGUUUUGUAUGUUUCAUAAGCUUUCAAUCUCACCUUUGCAUUUUAUUCACAGUUGAAGCAUUUGCAACUGAAACAUGUACUUAGACUUUACAUUCAUGAGAGUGGAGUUUUACAUUUCAUUUUAGAAAAAGACUGAUAAUAAAGGGAUGUGACACUAAUUAUUAUAAACACAUUGUUACAUGCUGAGGACCUGGGUGAGUGCAACCACUAUCAUUGUUUUAUGUGAAGCUACAUAAUGCUGAGGACAUAAGUAAAUGUGAUUACUACAUGAUAUGAUGCUGUAGUUAGGCACAAAGCCAGAGAGACCCCUGUGUAGUGUGAUAUAUCCUGCAUUCUAGAUGAUGAUGACCACCAUAAGUUCAUUAAGAAAAAUAAAUAGCAUGCUGUAAUUCUCCAGCUGUGAGACUUGAAUAUUUCUGGUUGGUAUGUAUAAACAGUGAACCUAAGUUUAAUAAAUAAGAUCACAUUGUUGUGGCCAAACAUGAUAAGAUCACCAUUUUUUUGGUGUAUCCUGUUAACUGUGGCUCAGGAAACAAAUGUUCAACACAUAAUUCACAUUAUCUUUUGCAUGUUGUGACAAAUUCCCAUUGUAUCCUCUUUUUUUAAGUUAAAGGAGUAUUGUAAGUCACAAUAUGCAAAAGGUUGUGGUGUAACUAGGAAAUGUUACGGAAAACAAGAUAAUGCCUGCAUUCACUCACAGUUUCAUUGAUCUAUGGUGGUCUACAGAUUAAAGGGGCUUGACAAUAUGUGACUGGCUCUUGUCUUAUUUUGCAGCAUCACUUUUCUGGAAGGAAUAUUGUAGCUACACUAGUUUUGCAACUUUGUAGCUAAAUUAAGAGUACACAGUUUGAUGGCUACAGAGAAUUAUAUCAACAACUAUAACUGCAGGAAACCAUAUCUUAGCUUCAUAUAAGCUUUCACUGGCUCUCCAGGAUUCCAUGAGUUUAGAAUCAUUGUUUUCAUUGUUCUUUGAAAUUUGUCUUCUAGUCGAGUACCUUGUAUGUAUGUGGGCAUUGUAGGCAAUGUCCAAGAUCUCGUGGCUGGCAGGUCUUCUGUCACAAUACUUUGUAGUCAUUAUUAUUAUUAAUUUUUCUUCUCUUAUUGUUAGUAUUGGUAUGUUAUGAGUUUUGUUAUUUUUUUUUAUUUAUUUAUUUUAUUUUAUUAUUUUUUUUUUUUUUAUGAUGAUGCAGACCUGAGCUCUUGUGAUUAGGAAGCUAAAUACCCUGAGGUCAAGAAUCACCCCAUGACUAUUCUGAGUGGCAGUGACCCUCCCCAACCACAGCAUCUGUGAUCUUUUUGUUUUGUUAGUGAGAUUUUUUUUUACAUGACUCCUCUAAUUAUAUUAAGAAUUGUCAGAGCAGAACAUUAUUUGUACAGGUAUAUAACUAUGGUUAUAAUGCUGCUGAUUUUGUCUUUAGUUUUUCAAUGAACUAGAAACCCUUACCAUCUGAGACAUGGGCCUCAGAAGACAGGCACACUGCAGUAUUAAGGACCUUGUAGUUAGACCGAGUGUAAGAUUUGUUAAGUGUAAACAACUUUAUAAUCUUGGUCAGGAUAAUAAACUGGAUAUUUUUUUCCCUUUUAUUGAAUGGCAUAUGUAGAUAAGUAUGCAUAAUUUAGUAAAAACUUACCUAAAUUUCCUAACAUUUAUAAAAAGAAAAAAAGUGGUAUUGGCAGGGUGAGUGUGGGCGGUGCCUUGAUGUGGCUACUAGUCGUGGCGAGCACUGGCUGGCUCAUGUUAUCUACUCUUGCAACUAGUACAAUGCCCUCCAGGGGCUGUCAUUUUAUAUUCUUACGAUAAACACAAUAGAGAAAAGAAGUCAAAUAAAAUGAAAGCCUAACACUGUCAUUUAGAUUUUUUUCCUCCGUGUGCAUUUCCAAGAAUUUCAAAUGUACAACAGUUCAGACUUGCAUCAGUUUUAGAUUUUGCCGAAUCAAUCUGGAUUGGUUUUGUGAUGAAUACUUUGACAUGAAUAUAUUUAUGUGUGUGUAGAGGAAAUCUCAGUUAUUAAUCUGAUAAUAGUAUUAUUUCCACCCAUUCAUUUGAAAUUUUGUUGCUUUUUCAUUAAUUAGGUCUAGUCAGUAAGUUGAUCUAUUAAUGUCAACAGCUGUGCUUGACUCAAAUAUCCUAUUUAUACUGUCUGCGUAUCACUCAUUUAGAGACACCUUACAGACACUAUGUGCCUGAAGUUGGUUAUUGUUUGUAUUUUUUUGUAUAUUGCAAGAAGUUAUAUGUGAUGGCAUUAUGUCAUGAUAAUUUAGCCAAAAAUAAUGACUUCCUAGUGAUCAGUCAGACAUAUAUCUGUCUGAUUGGAGAACUGGGUAAUAUUUUUUUAAACAUAUAGUCUACAUAUUCAAUAGCUUGAUUUUCAUCCUAACAGCAAUCUGUAGUAGUGAAUAUUUUGCUAGAUAUAUUUAUUGUAGGCUGUAGAGUUACCUGCUUCAAGUGAGGCUUAUUAUUCAUGAGUACCGUGAUACCUGAGAAAAAAUAGACCUAAUGUAAGGAAAAUCAUAACCAUAAGAUAUGCUCAAAACAAACAUGUACAUAGCUGCAUGUAAGAAGAUAGCGCAAUCAUUCCUAGUAAAUAAAUGUGUUUCGUCAAU